AUGUCCAGGACCUACCAUCUACCAAAUAGCGAUGAAGAUUGGCGCUUUCAAGCUGCUUUGAUGGCUGAUGUGUACGAAAACGCACGCGUUACGAUCGCCGCAGCCGCUGCGCACGAUCCUGGAAAAGGUUGCUUCCAAAAGACACAUCGGUCUUGCCUGGGUCAGCCGCUGCCGGAGUAUCCGGGCGUGUGCAUUCGCUGUAUGCCAGAACGCCCUUCGGAAUCUGCUACACAGUGGCCUUUACAGCUGCGGGGCUGGGUAUUCCAGGAGCUGUGCCUCUCUCCGAGAAUUAUACACUUUGGCACCCAAGAGGUUGAAUGGCAGUGUCGAUCAACAUAUGAACGCGAAAGCCGACCAAACUUGAAACCGUAUAACUUUCCAUGGAUCGUAUACUCUCCUGAUUUCUUCCGUACCCCAGUUGCUAAAUUGCUACAUGAAUGGCACGUCACUGUCACCGCAUAUUCUUGGCGGGCUCUUACGUUUCCAAAGGAUCGUCUACCAGCAAUUGCAGCGAUGGCCACACGCAUGCAAGAGUGCAGACCUAGGGAUCGUUACCUUGCAGGUCUAUGGCAGUCUUCCCUCUGCUUCGACUUGAUGUGGUACACUAAUGAUCAACCUGGCGGCACGUGUGAUCCAGCUACCAUAGAAAUCAUGAUCGCUCAGCGCAUCGAAGACUAUUCAAGCUCAGACCGCAUUGGAGUACCCUCAUGGUCAUGGGCAUCCACGCCACGCGGUGUAAGGUGGUGGUACAAUGCCACAUUCGAAAUGCUUAGCAAUGCCGAAGUGCUCGAUAUUUCAUACAGCAUACGGGGUCCAGAGGUGUCUGGAGAAAUCCAAAACGCAGCCAUAACCCUUCGUGCUCCGCUGAUCAGCCUUGAGGGCAUUCGCUGUGCUGAUCAUACGAUUACUUGUGGCAGUCAAAGUUCCCAGCUUUCCUUUGCGCUAAAUGAGCCACAGGCAGUGACAGCGGAGCAUCUCGUCUAUGACAAGUUUUACUGGGAUACCCACGGAUCCGAGAAGGGUUAUCCUGCCCAGCAGGAGCUGUUCUUUCUCGUAAUUGUAGUCAAUACGUAUCCAGGUCGUUGCGGUAUGGAAGCAAUUGUGCUUGGGCAGACUCAGCAACUGAACACAUUCUGUCGCGUGGGCACGGUUGAUCUCCGACUCAAAGACUGUUGGCUCGAAAUGUGUGCGUGGGAGAGGGAGGGCAGGGAGGUUUGGGAUUAUCCGGAAGACAGACAACAAGUGUACCAGAAGACUCUCAUUUCGAUGCUCGAAAAUACGGAGACACGAAUCAUCACGCUAGUAUAG